GUCUCGUGUAUAUAACGAAGUUAAGUGCUUGCUGGCGACAAAGUUCCUGUUCCCAGAGCGUUAAUUUCCGUUCUUUCAAUUCAAAACUCUAUAAAGUUUCUAAUUCCCCAUUCCUCCUCAAUGGCCUCUUCCAUUUUCAACAACAGCAUCUCAAUCUCGGUCUCAGAUGACGAAUCCGAUGAAGUUGGCCGAAUGCGAGUCCGAGUCCGGAGGAAACGCAAGAAACACAGCCAUCGCCUAGUCAGGACCGAGUUGACUCAUCGACUCAUCCGUUGGUUCGUCAAAUACUGGACGCUCCUCAUAUUCCUUCCGGCCGCUGUGCUGCUCAUUUUUGAGGCCACCAGGAUCGGUAGAAAACCCGGAUUGGUCGUCAACUCGGAAGUUAAUCAAGUGAAAGAAGCCAAUUUGUUGGGGAACUCAGAACUUACUAAAGUGAAGGUACCGAGUGAAGAAAAGAAAUCCGAAAGCAAUUUGAACCGGCUCGAUACAACCACUCGUGGUGUUAGAGAACGUUGCUUGAAGCUCCUACCAGCUGAGGAACUUGAGCAUCUGGAUAUUCCAGUAGAUGAAGAAUCUAGCACUGGUCCUGUUAAAAGAUUGGUGUACAUAGCUGACCAUCAAACGCCUACCUUCUCUUGGCAGCGUACUAAUGGCACACGAUUUAAUCUAUUCACCGGAAACCAAACCCUUGAUGAGAGAGAGAAAAGUUUUCAGGUGAAUGAAACUGCUGUUGUACAUUGCGGUUUUUUUAGUGUAAAUGGUGGUUUUGAAAUAUCUGAUAGGGACAAGAGUUAUAUGCAAACUUGCAAAAUCGUGGUUUCUACUUGUGCAUUUGGAGGGGGAGAUGAUCUUUAUCAACCUAUAGGAAUGUCAGAGGCAUCACUUAAAAAGGUUUGUUAUGUUGCAUUCUGGGAUGAAAUUACGCUUGCAGUACAGGAAUCACAGGGCAAUAAGAUAGGCGAGGAUGGAGUUAUUGGAAAAUGGCAUAUUGUGAUUGUCCGAAAUCUUCCUUUUGUAGACCAAAGGUUGAAUGGGAAAAUUCCCAAGAUGUUGGCCCAUCGGCUCUUUCUUCAUGCAAAGUACUCUAUUUGGGUAGACUCAAAAUCCCAAUUCAGGAGGGAUCCUUUAGGUGUAUUAGAAGCUCUUCUUUGGAGUAGGAAUUCGGUGCUUGCAAUUUCAGAGCAUGGAGCUCGUAGUAGUGUCUAUGAUGAGGCGAAGGCUGUUGUCAAAAAACACAAAGCCACGCCAGAAGAAGUUGAGGUGCAAUUGACUCGGUAUCAUCAGGAUGGUCUUCCUGAGGACAAGAGAUUUAAUGGAAAGAAAGCUCUAAAUGAAGCCUCUGUCAUUGUGAGGAAGCAUACUCCUUUGACUAAUAUGUUGAUGUGCCUUUGGUUUAAUGAGGUUGUUCGUUUCACUUCAAGGGAUCAAUUGAGCUUUCCAUAUGUUCUCUGGCGGUUGAAAGUGCUAAAGAACAUCAAUAUGUUCCCAGUCUGCACACGCAAAGAUCUUGUUAAUAGCAUGGGCCACAUUCGCAAGGCUAAGCCUUUGACAAAUUGAAGUUAUUGCUCUGAUGCCACUACAACUUCUUGUCUAUUACCUCAGAGAUGCGGGCGGGCAUAUUGGCUGGGUUAUAACUUUUAAUCAUUUUGUUAUCUCCUUGCAUAUUUUGUAGGUGGCAUUGGCCUUCAGAGUCUUCUUAUCUACUUCUCAUCGUCUCUUGCCUCUCCAUUUUGUUUAUUAUUUAGGACAAAUAGAUUCGUUAUUCUUUUGGUUAUAAUAAAUUGUUAUAGUGAAUCUUGUGUCUGUGUACUAAGGUAUCUGAUUGUAAGAUGGAUCGAUUGAAGCUUACACUUACUCUUACCUUCAUGUACUCUGGCAUCGAUUGUUCAGUUAUCAAUUU